AUGGAUACGAGCAGUUCGCACGCGACUGUGUCUGUGCGGCUCCCCUCGGGUCUCCCGACGCAGCUCGCGUGCGCCUGGCAGGGCGUGGAGCUGCAGCUCACGGGUCGACACGGCCAGGCCCUUGCCUCGUGGGUGGACAGCUGCGGCAAUUCGUCGGAUGGCGCAGUGGUCUACGGAACACUGCAUGGGCUUGCCGGGAAGCACGUUGUACAAGAGGUCAUGGACGUCUUUGUGAUUGGUAGCGCAAUUGCCAGUGUCAACGCCACAGCAAAUUUGUCGUAUACCACGUCUCUGGGGCUUACGCAGAGUAUCGUAAUGCCUAUGAGCAUUUCACACAGCUUCGUGGAUGUAUUAGACGGAAGCUCGUGUCGCAGGCUAUCAGAGUUGCCACGGAGGCUUGAUGAACCCCUCAACGCUUCAAGAGGGUCGUUGUCUUCUCGCCAGGCAUGGGGUGAGACUGGGCGGAGGUUGACGCAGGAGCUCCUAGACAUAAACGAGGUGAAGGACAACUUCUCCACGAUACUCGAGCAGGGUACGGUGAGCGUCGAGUCUGUCUGGGAGUCGGCCCUCAACGUGCUAUGGUCGGAUGUCGAGAUCGAUCUGAAGGACUGGGCAGUGAACAACAUAUUCGCCCUCGGCCUUGGUAUCCGCAGCUUCGACGUGAGGAUGUCCCUGGCCGACGCGGAUGGGGCGAGCCCUGGCUCGCUGAUCCCGAUGUGGUCUUACGAUCCCGCCCCCGCCUUCCAGUUCGCGCACGUGGUGCAGACGUACGACGACUUCCUCGUCGACGCGGCGCACAGGAGGGUAUUCCCAGAGCUAGUCGUCAGGAUCGACAACGACUGGGAGACCAUGGCACGCUUAUACGACGAGAUGGUGGGCCACGGGCGCUUGUGCGCGCGCCUGGAUGCCGUCGCCACUGCUUACUUGCAGUAUCCUGGCCAGGACGCCUACGUGCUGGAGGGACUCGAGCUGGAAAUCCCCAAGUUAGGGAUGUACGGGGUGGACGCGUGUGGGGUGGAGGCCGUCUGCGAGGAGGUCGUCGACCAGAUAAUCCCCACUGGGUCUGAGAGCUUGCUCAGCUUCACGAUGGUCAACAGCGCACAGGCCGUCGGUGGGGCCGUGAGGCUCGCCUCAUCGACUGGUGACGGAGGGGCCACGUGGUCCGUUUCGAAAGUGGCAGUUGUGGACAGCUGGGCCGCGUCUUUCGAAUUCAAAGUGAGCAACGGUUGCUUCUCUACGUGGUGGGGGUGCAUUCCUACGACUGGCGGGCACGGCUUCGCGUUUGUCCUGCAGAGCGGGCCCAGCAACGUUGCUGCCAGCAGUAACGAUGGUGGCGGUGGUUACUCGGGCAUCGACGACAGCAUCGGGGUGCUGCUGCACACAUAUGCGAGCUACAGCGCGCUGUAUGUGUAUAAGAACGGCAGGACUGCUGGAGGCGAAGAGCUCGCGACGGCAGCUCUGCCGGGCGGCGUAGACAGUGGCAGCUGGCAGUCAGCUAGAAUCGUUUACUCUUCAAUCUCUGGCCACAUGUGGGUGUACAUCCAGGACAUGGACGUAGCUCUCAUCACGCUUCAAAUCGACAUGGACUUUGCGAAUGCAGACGGGCAGGCGCACGUCGGCUUCACCGCCUCAAAUCCGUGGGCCGAGGGGUGGUCUACGUUUGAGGUCCAGAACCUCAACUUCGAGGGUGCAGCCACCAGUGUCCAGCACAGCAAGCUCGCGGAGGACGGCCUCACCAUCGGCACCGCGGGCUCGACGGCGAGCUUCACAGUAAUCUCCUACACUUCGUGCGAUCACCACAAGUUGAGGGGCGGAGAUAGCUGGUUCUUCGACCUCGUCAGCGGAGCUGCGAUCCUUCAGCCUCUUUCUAUCCGCGACGAGCGCGACGGCACCUUCAACGUCACGUUUUUGGCCACGUCUAGUGGUCCAUGGACGGUCAGGGGCGCGACUAGCCCCCUUGCGACCAAGCAGGCGAUUGGAACAGUGUUCGUGAGUUGA